AUGGCAACAUUUAUAGCGCAUUUAUCAGUGCUUUUAGCUGCAACUGUUUUGCUAUGUGGUUUUGUGCAAUGUGCAAAUGAAGCCGAACACACAAAAAAUCCAACGACGACGACCACCACUUCGCCCACAAACCCUCCGACGAUUACAGAAACUAAUGCUGUGCAACUUAUGGCUAACAGCACUCGCCUCGCGCGCCUUCUGAAGGUUCUGCAAGACCCCAAGAUGUUAGCCGGCAAACGUUACCAAGCAGCUGCGCCACGCUUAAUUGCGCGCGGCGAUCAUUUACAACCAGCCGGUAUGCCUUAUCGUCGAUUGCCAGCGCACGCCGCUGCGCCGUCUUCACCUGCCCCGUACCACAAAGUGCGCCCGCCAAUUAUGCGUCGCGUACAAAAUGGACUACCCAUUAAUGCUGGACCGCCUCGCUUCACUUUCGAAACUUCCGCGGGCGGUUUAAGCCACCUACCGUCCAAGGGUCCGGUGCCUUUCAAUGCAGGCAAAGUAACCGUUUACCGCCCUCCUUUCGGGUACACGCAAUUGCAUCACCAACCGAACCCAAAUGCGUUGGUGCCACAAUCCGCUACGGCUUUUCAAGCAACGAAACACCAGCAACAGCAACUCCAGCAACAGCAACACCAUGAGGAAUACAAUUUCAAGGCAUCACCUCCAUUCAGCGGUAAAGCGAUUGUGCGUCCGCUACUACAGCCACACGAUCCAAAUUAUAGACAACACGUACAACAACUGCAGCAGUAUGCGGGUAAGCCACAGCAAGUGGUACAGCAAUACCCUAUACCUCAACAAGAGCAGCAACAGCAAAAACAACAAAAAACUUCACAGUUUCCAACACUGUUCCAGAGCCAGAAACAGUAUCCCAAUCGACCGCCAACCUUUCACUACGAAACAAUGCGCGCCCAUGAGGAGCCCGUACUGCAUCCGCAUGUGAAGCACGAACAACCACCGCCAGGUGGCGCGGGCUAUGCCGUAUACGAGCACAAUGAGCUAGCCGAAGAGGAACCACCUUACGCACAUCCAAAUGCAUACUAUCCACCAACACCAAUGGCGGAGCAACCUGCACAACAACAUCAAAGCUUACGUUUGCAAGCACAACAAACACACCCCGAAACUGCAGCAGCGCAAGAAGCAGAGGAGUACAUAAAAUUUAUGAACUCCAAUGACUAUUUUCUGCCAAAGCAUGAACCCAACUAUAAGCGCCUGGAUGCACAGCAGGAUAGCCAUCAACUAGAGCCGAAGGAACAACGUGAGCAACAACAACAACCUACGCACAGUCACUACGCAUACAAGCAGCAGCCCCUGGAACACUUACAGUACAGCAAAUCAGCAGUCAGUGAUAGCACGAGUUCCGGCUCGGCCACCUCUGCUGCCACCAAUUACCUAAACCAACCCAUACAAGUAUCGCAACUAUUCUAUCAGGAAGAUCCCGUGCCCGCCAUUGUGCGCGGUAGUUAUCAAGCGGGCAACAACUUAUUCGUUGUGAACUCGGAGGGUAACAAAGCUGUAAAGCAUAUAGUGCCACCGCCCUCCACAAGAGCACCCACCACACUGGCGCCAGUGUACCCGAAUGUGCGCUAUAAUACGCUACAUAGUCACACGCCAGAGCCGCUGCGCUUCGAAUUUACCGAACGCGAUGCUGUGCAUUCGACAUACACUAAUUCACCCCCCUCGCUGGGCAAUGAGCGCCAACACUUAUGGUAUAGAACUGCCAAUGGGGGGAGCAGUUCCACAACACCAGAUUUACCCACAUCAAGUACGGGUAACUUUGCAACCGCCACUACCGCUACCGCUGAUGAUCCGGAGGAUGAAGAGGAUGUGCAUAGCGCCAGUUCGGACUUUUAUGGGCGCAUACCGAUGCGCAAGUCAACAUUAGGAGACGUACCCUCAGAGUCGACAUCGCCCGCACCAGUUGAACAGAAGGACACCGAAGACUAUUGCGAACGAAUAUGCGCCAAUAUCCAAGAUGACGAUGAAGAAAUUGUUUGCGGCUCUGACGGUUAUAUGUACACCAGCGAGGCGCAAAUGGAAUGCUACGCCACAUGCCUACAUAUCGAUGUAACAGUGCAAAGUAAAGGCUCCUGUAACACCCGGUAGAUGAGCAACACCCUAUUCAUGCGCCAUCUAUGCAGCAGUACGAAACCCGACCUGUCGAAGGCACACUAACUGACAAUUAGCGAAUUUCUAAUUUAUUUAAAUUUUAUUUACAUUUAUUUUAUUUCAACGUUAUUUUGGUAAUACGUUUUUU